GACGGAGGAGACCCAGCAGCGGGAAGAGGAGAAGACAGAACAGGAGAAGCUACGCGAUCUCAGCUCAGUGCCUCUCGCGGCGCCGGCCGGGGUGGGAAGGGAUCGACCGAACCAAUGGGCUGCGCUUGGUCGUCGUCGUCGUCGCCGUCAAGGCGUCAGCGGCGCGCUCAGGGGUACGAGGAGCCCGCCGUCCUCGCCGCCGAGACCUCCUUCACGGUGAGCGAGGUGGAGGCGCUGUACGAGCUCUACAACAAGCUCAGCUACUCCAUCUUCAAAGACGGCCUCAUCCAUAAGGAGGAGUUCCGGCUCGCCCUGUUCCGGACCAGCGAGAGAGCCAACCUCUUUGCGGACAGGGUGUUCCACCUCUUCGAUCUCAAGCGCAACGGGGUCAUCGAGUUCGGCGAGUUUGUGCGCUCGCUCAGCAUCUUCCACCCCAAAGCGCUUGUAUCAGACAAGGCCGCAUUUGCAUUCAAAUUGUACGAUUUGAGGGGCACAGGCUACAUCGAAAAAGAAGAGCUUAGGGAGAUGGUGGUGGCACUUCUUGACGAGUCGGACCUAUGUCUCUCGGAUAGCGCUGUUGAUGAGAUCGUUGACAAUACGUUCAGUCAAGCAGACACGAAUGGCGAUGGCAGGUUAGACCCCAGGGAGUGGGAGGAGUUUGUCAAGAAGAACCCGACAUCACUCAGGAACAUGUCACUGCCCUAUCUCCAGGACAUUACGACCACGUUUCCGAGCUUUGCAACGCAUUCGGAAGUCAAUGAUUGUGGUGGCGUCGACAAAUAACCAGGCAGAGCCUUCCUGCCUGCAGGUGCAGGGGUUAUCAGAUGAUUGUCAUAUAAUAUAUUACCUCCGUCCCAAAUUAGUUGUUUUAUAUUUGUGUAGACACUAAAACUUGUCUAGAUGCAUCUGUAUCUAGAUAAAUUUACGACAACUAAAACAUGUGUAGAUACAUCUAUGUGCUACAUGUACACCACACACGGUGUGGACUUAAGACUUAAUUUCUAAAAGAGUGACAAAAUCUCAAGGCAAUAGAUGCACUUUCAUCGUCAAUGGUACAUUUGAUGAUAUCUUAUGCUCCAAAUUCAAGUAUAAAGAGGAAGGCUAAUAUUCAGUAUUGACCUGGGUCACCUGUGUUAUAUAUAUCUCUUGUAAGCCG